UAUAUCAAGUUCCAGGAGGACAUGGAUAGUGACCUUGCAUUAAGUAGAUACCGCGGAAAUUCCGGAGAUUUCCUCAAAGCAGUUGUUAAAAACAUUGAUGGUUAUGAAGACCUAGCUGACUUAGUUUCUCAGGACAAGGGAACUUUGAAACUAUUCCAGAACAUUACAGAUGACAAUAUUAUCAACAAACUCAUCUCUUUGAAAGGAUCGACAUUUUGGAUAGAACGUUUUAUAGCCAUGGGAAUAGAAGGAUUCGAUAUGCUCAUGUCAACCCUCUUGGAAAAAUUGAAUAAGGAUGGACUGUCCUACACCAUUGAAAUGAUCACAUUGGUGACGCAAUCUGGAAGUAUUUGGUCUAACUACGUCAACUGGGCAAGAUGGACUGACGAUACAAUUAAAUUAUUUUUGGGACGCGUUGCCAACCAGCUGGGACAAAACUACGUAAUGAAACUUGUGUUCCAUGAUGACGGUAACGGCCCAAUAAUAAUUCGAGCUGCUUUGCGAAAAAUUCCUACUAAAAACGGAUAUCCAGUAGCUGCCAUGGUGGCACACGUGACGGAAAGAGAGAGAAGAGAGGAAAUUCGCAAUCUUAUUAAUUCAAGUGUCACAGAUUUCUUACAAAAGUUCACUAUUUGGGUACUUUGUUUCAUACAAGAUUUCAGUCGGAACGAUCUUUUGAAUUUAAUCAAAGCCAUUACAUCCGUGGAUAAUGAUUCUUUCCGCACUGGUAGCGUAUGGUCUCGCUACGUCGACGAGCAAUUUUACCCCAGUCAGAUUGACAAAUUCUUGAAAUGUGUUUCAGAAGAACUGGGUGAAGAAGAGGUUAUCAAUUUGUUGUUACACGAUGGCGGGAAAGGCCCUGUUAUAUAGUACGUGCCACUUUGUCCCGGCAUCAUGCUAAACUCAAAACAAUGUACUCGUACUUGUCAGCGUCUGGCAACAGUAAAGUUCGCCAAGCUAUCGGCUCAAUCAAGACAUAAAUUAAUAUAACCUAUGUUUACUGCACUCUCAAAAGAGGGUUGGCAACAAGCCUACGAUUGUUCAAGAUAACUAUUUUGUUUCGUCAUUGUUUGUUCAAACUGGAAAAACUUUGGAUCAGGACUACCAAAAAUAAAAAUUAUACAG